UUAAGGCAAGCCAUAAUUAUAUUAUGGCAACUCAUAAGUAUAUUAUGGCAACUCAUAACUUUAGGCCACAGUACCCUCUUUUGUAUUUUUCCCUUUCUCAUCACCCAAAUGGAUAGGAUAGGAUCUGGCAACUAACAAAAAGAACCCACAAAACAGCACCUCCCUCACAAAACCACGUUCUGCUUAAUUCUGGUUUCUCCACCUGUUUUUGCUUCUUAUCCAGGAAACCAUGACGGCACCUCCUCAAACCGUUUCCUAAUCCUCCACAAAACCAGACACACCCACCAGUCCACCACUCCCACUUCAUUUCCCUUUUUUCACAACACUCAACACAAUCACUACCCAUAAAUAUCAAACACAAAAACCAACCACACCAUUAAAAUUAAAACAAAAACAACGUUUUCCAAUGAUGAUUUCGCAGACCAAACAGUACACCCACCUGACACUGUUCUUCUUCCUCGUGGCACUUUUCCACGCCACACACGCUCGACCAGAUCCUCAACCACCUGUGGUGGCUCCACCACGCGCUUCGAACGAACAUGCCAAUAACUCAACGCUUAUCAUGCUUUUCGUGUUCUUCGUCUUCUCCGUCUUCAUAACUGCCUUCUACUCCUUCUACGUUCGCCACUGUUCCGAACGGUACGUCUUUGAGCUCAGAAACAAAGGCGUUGAGCCGGAAGUGCUCGCCACGUGCCCAAUCGUGUCCUACUCCGCCGCCAAAGCUGGAAACCGCCGCCCUGUGGCGGCGGAGUGUGCGGUGUGCCUGGGCGAGUUCGAGGGUCCCGACGCGCUUCGCGUCCUGCCCAAGUGCGGGCACGUGUUCCACCCCGGCUGCAUCGACAUGUGGCUGGCUUCGCACGUGACCUGCCCUGUUUGCCGCGCGAGGAUGGCGGGGACGGCGCCGGCGCGUGGCGAUGUGACGGUGGAAAUCGGUGGCGGAAACGGUGGUGCGUUGCAGGUGUUUGAUGAAAGUUCUGUGAGAGAAGGGGAAGGUGAGAACCGUGGUGGGGGGUGCGGGAAUUUUGAUGGGUGUGUUGAGGAGGGUAAUGGGUCGUCAAAGGUGGGUGCUUUUGUGAGAUCACACUCAACGGGUCACUCUUUGGUUGAUGAAGCGGAGAAGAGUGUGGAAGUGGAAAACCAGGUUGUGGAGGACAGAGGUGGGAGCUUGAUGAAGCGUUCGGCGAGCUACGACGUCGUUUUUGGUCGCAGAGAAGGGUGGUGGUGGGGUAGGGGUGGAGAAGUGGGUGAAGGUAGUACAUAUAUAAGACUUGCAAGUUGCAAGUUGGGAUUUUAAAUAAUAAUAUUACACUCAAGAGUCGUAGGCAACAACUACGAUUCAAAAAAAAACAACUACGAUUCACCUUCAAGCGGGAGAAAAAUUCAUGCACCACUUUGGUCAUUACAAUUUUGAAUUGCACUAGUGUAAAAAAAACCAAAAAGUGCUGACUAUUCGAAGAAAAGUUACAUUUUCUAA